CAAGUCAUGUACUAGCCCUUCCUGGCAACUUCCUUUCUCUUGCCAUUAUAUAUACUUGGAUUAUAUCACAAACCAGUCAUGGCACUUAAACAAAUGGGUUCUGAAAAGGUGUCAAGAACCAGGACUCAUCAACCUUGUGCUGCUUGUAAGAUGCUUCGUCGGAGAUGUGACAACAAUUGCGUACUUGCACCGUAUUUUCCUAUUGAUGAGAUGGGAAAGUUUGCCUGUGUGCAUAAGGUUUUUGGAGCUAGCAAUGUCAUUAAAAUGAUUCAGAUGGUUGAGGAGACAAAGCGGGAGGAUGCUGUAAAGGCAAUAGUUUAUGAAGCAACAGCAAGGCUCAGAGACCCUGUUUAUGGCAGCGCUGGGGCUACUUUUCACUUGCAUAAGAUGGUGCAGGAUCUGAAAGUUGAGUUGGAAUCAAUACAAACUCAAGUUGCGGCUUUGCAAGAGCAAAGAAAUCAGUUAUUGGGCAUCCUUAUGAAUGUUCAUCACCAGGAUCCUGUCUUCCCCAUAAAUGAAUCCAUGUUUGAUUGUGGAGGUUUCUCAGUAGGUGAUGGAUCUUUAGCCUGUGAUCCUUUUGACUUCUCUAUGGAGUGUGACUGGAUUUUGUGAGGGGAUUCUUAUUCUCACCGUUCAGUUAUCCUCAGUAUCAUAAGUUAGAAUUUUUCUUUUUAGAAGGUUAAAAAGAUAUAUCAAGAACUUAGUAGGAAGGUAGGUAGCCAUGGAAAAUAUACUCUGGUUCAGCUUGACAAGAAAUGUUACAUGGUAGAAUCAAAAUUUACAAAGUUAUAAUUUGUAAUUUUAAAGCUAUUAACUAUUGAUUCGUUUGACCA